GUGUGUGCGAUGUUGUAAGUGUUGUAUGUAUGACUUCACAACAGCUCUAACAUAGACCUGGUUCAUGGGAAAGUGGGUCACCAGUCCCCCGAGUCACUUUCACUUAUUACAUGGACUCCUAAUCAUUUUUCAUUGUACCCCCGUGCCAUUCGCAAGUUGCUGCCGCCGCCGUCGGUAGGGAAUACAGCCGCUGUAGAUGCUUGUCGCUACUGGUCAGUCGGUUUCGUGGUCUUCGUGUUUCUUGGUGCACGUCUCUUUUUUGGUGCGUGUGUGUUCAGCGGAUUGUUGUGUUGUGUCACGGAUUACCUUUCGCUUUUCUUGGAUUACUCUCAGAAUUUUGUGUUGUGUCUCAGUGAUGUACGUUGUUGCGUUAAUUUGUUGUGCCGUCCCUUCUAUUACUAAUGGAUUACUAACUAUAAGACGUUCACUUGUAACUUAAAAGACGCGCUGCAUGAAUAAUGUUAUUGGAAAUGGAACAGCAUUCCACGUUGCUAUCGCUCAAUCCGUUUAGUAUGAGUCCCGGUGGCUCCCCGGUCACCUCGGUCACUCAGGCGUCGAGCCCUAUGCCGCCCCCGUUGUACGGUUCGCCUCCUCUCGGAGGCGCGUACAACAGCAGCUGCCAGCAGGGCAUCCCCCUCGAUCAGCCUCAGCAGCACCACCAACACUCGAACAUGAACUCUUACAGCAUGAAUAAUCUGGACGCGUCUUACUUAUUUUCCUCAGGAGGAAGCUCGCUGUCCGGCAUGGAUAUGGGACCGGGAUACACGAUUCCUCCACAUUCCGCCUCGCAGGGUGACCUACCCGAUACGAAGUACGGAAUCGAAGAAUUGUGUCCGGUGUGCGGCGACAAAGUGUCCGGUUACCACUAUGGACUGCUCACGUGCGAAUCGUGCAAGGGUUUCUUCAAGAGGACCGUGCAAAACAAGAAGGUUUACACGUGCGUCGCGGAAAGGAGCUGUCACAUCGACAAGACGCAGAGGAAGCGGUGCCCGUACUGUCGCUUCCAGAAGUGCCUCGAGGUCGGCAUGAAACUUGAGGCGGUUCGAGCGGACCGAAUGCGUGGCGGUAGGAAUAAAUUCGGACCGAUGUACAAGAGGGAUCGCGCAAGAAAGUUACAGAUGAUGCGGCAACGACAGCUCGCUGUGCAGACCCUCGCUCAACGUGGGCAGUUGGGCGAGGGCGGCGUCUACAAUAACCAGCCGGGUACAUCGCCCUUCGCCAACAUCCACAUAAAGCAGGAAAUUCAAAUACCGCAAGUAUCUUCUCUGACGUCGUCGCCCGACUCGUCGCCGAGUCCGAUAGCGGUCGCUCUUGGACAGGUCAGCGCGUCGACGUUAAUGCAGCCAGCUUCCAGUCAGCAACCGGCGCUCCAGAUCGUCGGCGUCCCGGGGACGCAGUCCUCCAUGGCGAUGGGCGGCAACGAGAACAAGCUGUGGAGCACCGCGAACUCGACGACGACGUCACCACACUCCCUUAGCCCAAAAACGUUCCAAUUCGAAACAGUGUUACCAGGCGGAAGUGCACCCCCUUCCAGUAAAAUAUCGCCCCUUAUUAGAGACUUCAUACAAGGUAUCGACGACCGCGAGUGGCAGAACUCUUUAUAUAGUCUUCUACAGAACCAAACGUAUAAUCAAUGUGAAGUGGACCUAUUUGAACUAAUGUGUAAAGUAUUAGACCAAAACCUCUUCUCACAAGUCGAUUGGGCGAGGAACUCAAUUUUCUUCAAGGAUCUCAAGGUGGGUACCGUUUUCUGUCUCUUCCUCCGCAGUUUUGUGGGGAAAAAAAAAUUCGGGCGGCGGCCGCGUACCGAACGUAGAACGUUAUAUCUUUGACCUCAUUGUUAAUUG